AUGAUGUUUGGUGGAUUCAUUCGAGUUUUAUACAAUGGCCCCGAUACCCCAGAGAUUGCAAAGGAGCUUGUGAUCUCACAUGAUUCGGCAAAGGCAGAAAUCAAAAAACAAACUGACAAAGAUCUAGAUUUGGAUCAAGAUCAAAUCUAUGUACUGGGUAUUCGUGGAUGUUGGUAUCAUACUAAGCAAACUACUUUGAAAGAUCUUACCAAAGACCUCAAAGACAUGGAAGAACUUAUGAAAGUAAAUAAAGAGGCCAUUAUCAUUGUCGGAGAUCCUAUCGGACUUGAACAGUACCUAGUUCAUGAUGUAUACUAUAUUGCUCGGUAUUUAGGUUUUCCAGAGAAGGAGGCAUUGGAUUUAAUCAAGCAAGAGAUAUCGUCCGACACCUACACUACUAGAAGUUUUCUUCACGGAGAUAUAAAAAUAACAGUAAUAUGGAACCCAACUUCUGAUGAUCUCGCUGGCUAUUUCUCUACACAUAUUCCAAUGAUCCAUGCCAUCGAAGUGUACAUCUGUUAUUGUGGCCACUCAGGGGAGGAGCCUGGCUCAAUUGAACUAUUCGAUGGACACCACCUAGCCUCUGACCUAUACAAAAACCUCCUUAAAACCUCCUUUCGUCACUUUCCCACUGGGGUUCACUUAUUGUUCAACUGUUGCUUUGCUGUAGAUGUUUGUGCCUCGUUCAUACGUCACGAAAAUGGCCUAUCGGAGGAGGAAGCCGUGAAGAAAAUUAGACAAACAUAUAAUACUACUUUGUAUCGGAAAGCCACAAAAAACUCAAAACCCCUCGAGCUCGAGGGGAAUGUGAUGGAUCUAGAAACGUUUAAUAAUUGUACAAAAGCCAACUUUGAAGAUCAAAGAAGUCAGAUUAAUUUGAUGUGGAAUAAAGUGAAGCUUUACCUCUAUCCUCUCUCUGAUCACGAAUUGGUGAACCAUGGAGCGUUUCCAGAAAUUUUUCAAGUGGGAAAAUUAGAUCAAAUUCUACCAAAUGUGCAGGCCAGAAGAAGAUCAUGGGAAACUGUAGAAGGAUGUAACAAUAAAUUUAUCAACACCGUGAAUGAAGAAGGUGAAUAUACGGACGACGAUACCCGCAUACGUAUAUUCCAAUCAAAAGAAGGUGAUAGUAGUCUUGUUGAGAGUAAAGGAUUUGCCAUGUUGGUCGAUGGAGGGGCAACAUUCGAACCAUCUUUUUGGUCAAGAGUAAAGUGCCUUCAAGUGUUGGACAUGGUCUUGCUUACUCAUGGUGACUGUGAUCAUGUUAAUGGAUUGUUACCGUUCAUCUUCAAAUAUAAAUUCCCAACACACAGCGCACCAGAUAUCAAACAUAUUGCGAUCCAGUCUGGAGACCUCAACACUGAGUCACGAGGUUGGAUUCACGCUUACCAAUUAGCAAAAUAUGCAAAUGAAUUCUUGAAAUCAGCUAUCCAUUACAACAAAUUGGUCAAAGGCGAUAAAAUAUAUUUAGAUAAAGACAAAAAGAUCAUAAUUGAAAUUAUUCUACCAACACCUGAAGGUAGAAUAAAGGUAGAAGAGGAAACAAAAAAGCUGUCCAAGGAGAAAAAACGUUCGGCGAAGCUUACAGACAUCAACAAAACUGGAAUAGUAUUCAUCCUGUUCAACACUAUAAAUAAUACCAAAAUGUUAUUUACUGGGGACGCUGAUGGAAUAGAUAUUUCGGAACAAAUUAAAGGUAGAAAUAUCACAUUUGACUAUGUAGACAUUCCUCACCAUGGUUCGGAAAAUAAUAACCCUGGUAGUUUCCUUGAAUCAAUUAAUGCCAAAAAUCUAGUGAUAAGCACCAAUGGUUCAAAGCAUGGUCAUCCAAGUCCCAAAACUUUGGUUGCACUUGCAAAUUAUCUCGAGAUCAAAAAAGAAACUAAACUGCACUUUAACUAUCACCCAGAUAAUAGUAAGUUUCAAUUGGAGCCAAUGAAAGCCUUGCGUGAAUUGAUAGUUCAAUUCCCAGAUCGAGUAAUUUUCCCAGAUAUUGGUAAAAACCACAUUGAUGUUAUAGUGAAAAGUAAUAAAUAA